GAAAAGUCUAAUCCAUUUUCAUUAUAAAGUGGUUACCCAUUUGCUUUUUCUUCGAAGAGGCGUACAAGCUCUAAAUAAUCCCGAUCAAUUUUUCCCUUUUCUCUGAAUUCUAGAACCUUCUUCUUCUUCUUUCAAAAUGGCAGAUCAGCUCACCGAUGAUCAGAUCUCUGAGUUUAAGGAGGCUUUCAGCCUAUUCGAUAAGGACGGAGAUGGUUGCAUUACAACUAAGGAGCUUGGGACUGUGAUGAGGUCGUUGGGACAGAAUCCAACUGAAGCUGAGCUCCAGGACAUGAUAAAUGAAGUGGAUGCUGAUGGUAAUGGAACCAUAGACUUCCCAGAGUUCUUGAACCUCAUGGCCAGGAAGAUGAAGGAUACAGACUCAGAGGAGGAGCUGAAGGAGGCAUUCAGAGUGUUUGACAAGGACCAGAAUGGUUUCAUCUCUGCUGCUGAGCUCCGUCACGUGAUGACAAACCUUGGCGAGAAGCUUACUGAUGAAGAAGUUGAUGAAAUGAUCAGGGAGGCCGAUGUGGACGGUGAUGGGCAAAUUAACUAUGAUGAAUUUGUUAAGGUCAUGAUGGCCAAGUGAUUUCUUUCCCUCUUCCUGAAGUUGCUUUUUCUUUUCGAAACUGUGAAAAAAGACCAACCAUUCAUCAGACUCUGGUUCAGCUCUAGGGGUAAUGGUUUCUUUUUACAAAUUUAUCCAGAUAGGGUUGUACUUUGGAUGAAUGUAAUGCUCUCUCUCUAUUGUUGGGUGGUUGAAUCAAUUUGUUUCUCUUGUUGAGUUGUCUGUCAUGUCUUUUCUAUAGUCUCCUUGUACCUUAGCUGGUAAGUUCCCUCUUCCUUUUUGGGGUCUUAUUCGAACUAAGUCUCCAGUCUGUCUCCGGGGACUGUAACUUUUUUAUUUAUUUAUUAUUGAUGACUGAAGUUCUUAAUA